AUGUUCAAAACUCAAAGAUACAAUUUAAGAUCUUUUCGUUUACCAAGUUUAACUAUUGCACGUCAAUGGUUAUCGACGUUUAGCUAUGAUUCUUUAUUGAAAUUAAAAGUCGAAUCGACUUCUAUUCAAGGUGUUGUUAAACAACCUGUUAAUUGUUCGAUUUUUCAACCUUAUGAUGUUGUUGUUAUUGGUGGUGGUCACGCAGGUUGUGAAGCUGCACAUGCAUCAGCACGAAUGGGUGUUCGAACACUCUUGAUAACUCAUAAAAUAGAAACAAUUGGUGAAAUGUCUUGUAAUCCAUCAUUUGGUGGCAUUGGUAAAGGACAUUUAAUGCGUGAAGUUGAUGCUCUUGAUGGUCUUUGUGGACGUCUCUGUGAUAAAACUGGUGUUCAUUAUAAAGUUCUUAAUCGUAGUAAAGGUCGUGCUGUAUGGGGAUAUCGAGCACAAAUCGAUCGCAAAUUAUAUAAACAAGCUAUGCAAAAUGAAAUUCUUAACACACCCAAUUUACAUGUUAUGGCUGCAGCUGUACGUGAUAUUGUUAUUGAUAAAGAACAAUUACGUAUAACAGGUAUAACACUUGAUAAUCAUACAUUAAUUCCAAGUCAAUCUGUAAUUAUUACAACUGGAACAUUUUUACGUGGAUGUAUUAAUCUUGGUAUGGAUGAACAAAAACCAGCUGGCAGAAUUAAUGAUCAACCAUCAAUUGAUUUAGCAAAAUCAAUUGAAGAACUUGGAUUUAAAAUGGGUCGAUUAAAAACUGGUACACCAGCUCGAUUAGAAACAAAAACAAUUGAUUUCAGUAAAACUAUUGCACAUAAAGGUGAUAAUCCACCAUUACCAUUUUCAUUUUUAAAUAAACAUGUUUGGAUUAAACCGGAAGAACAAUUAAAUUGUCAUUUAACAAUGACAACACCAGAAUUAGCUGAUAUUGUUCGUCGAAAUGCUCAUUUAAGUCGACAUGUAUCACAAGAUGCUCGUAGUCCUCGUUAUUGUCCAUCAAUUGAAUCGAAAAUUCUUCGUUUUAAAAAUCAAACUCAUCCAGUAUGGCUUGAACCUGAAGGUUUUGACUCCGAAUUGACGUAUCCACAAGGUCUAAGUUGUACAAUGCCUAUUGAUAUACAAUUACGUAUGCUUCGAACAAUACCAUCUCUUGAAAAUGUUAAUAUGGUUCGACCAGGUUAUGGAGUUGAAUAUGAUUAUAUUGAUCCAAGAGAAAUAAAACCAAGUUUAGAAACAAAACGUAUUACAAAUUUAUUUCUUGCUGGACAAAUUAAUGGAACCACUGGGUAUGAAGAAGCAGCUGGUCAAGGAAUUAUAGCUGGUAUAAAUAGUGCAUGUAAAGUUUUGAAUAAACCGAUGUUUACAAUCAGUCGAGGUGAAGGAUACAUUGGUGUAAUGAUUGAUGAUUUAACAUUACAUGGUGCAAGUGAACCAUAUAGAAUGUUUACAGCACGAAGUGAAUAUCGUUUAUCUCUUCGUGCGGAUAAUGCUGAUCUUCGUUUAACACAGGCUGGUUAUGAUAUUGGUUGUGUCAGUGAAAAACGUUAUAUUCAAUUUCAAACUUUCAAAACAAAUUAUAAUCAUGCUAAAGAAUGUUUAAAAAAUUUAAAAAAACCAGUUCAUGUUUGGCGUCAUUUAUUAAAUUCAUCAUCAGAGUCUAAUUCAUGUCGAGAUGAUACAUUAAAAUCACUUUAUUCACUUGUUCAUCAGACACCUUAUAUGAUGGAUAAUGAAAAAUGGCUUGCAUUAGUACCUGAUGAUGAAGGUAUACGUUCAAUACUUUUAUCUGAUAAUGAUUUAUGUGAACGUUUAUGUCUUGAUGCUGUUUAUGAGCAUUUAACUAUAAGACAAAAAAAUGAAAUUGAUGAAGUUAAACGAGAUGAAGCAUUUAUGAUACCAGAUUUAUUUGAUUAUCAAAAAUUACAAAUAUCGAAUGAAGCUAAACAAAAAUUAGAAGAAGUACGACCAACAACAUUAGGUUCAGCCAGUCGAAUACCGGGUAUAACACCUGUUACAAUAUUUUGCUUAUUAAGAGCAUUAAAAAGGGAAUCACAAUCAUCUAUAUUAAAUGUUUAA